ACCUCAGAAAUCGGGAAUUGGAAGAUAUCAGAAAAAAUAUUUACUUGAACUUCGUUUGAACCGAAUGGUCCUUAUAAUUAAGCAUAGUUUUGGUACACAACACUCAGACCCUGGCCACCAAGUAAUCAUUUCUCGAUUCAGAUGCUUUUACAGAGACGAAAAGAGAGGAGCAACACUGAAAUCCAACAUAGUUCAGAAAACCGGAAGUGUUAAAAUAUCUAGUAAAGCGAGUGUGUCGCGUGACGAGUUGAAUUUCCGAGAAAGACGAGUGGACUUUAGACAAAACCGAAUGGACGCCAUUCAAUAGUAAACCAAGUUUUGUAGCAAGACAACAAAACGUAGGCAUCGAAAUGACGUUCCCGGUCAGGUUGAUGAAGUUUAGUCUCUUUAACUGUGAUAAAACGUAUAACUUGGACUCUGUAGAAACCUUGCUGCAAAAAGUGGCAAACAAACUUAACCUCAAAAUAUUGGUUGAUAAGUGCUACUUUGGCCUUCGUGAAAUGUCGGACGUAUGUGGAAAGACUAUUCCCAUGCAACAAAUGGAUUAUGCUAUCUUCGUUAUCCACGCAGACGAAUCUCGUCUCUCCAUCAACGAAGAGAACGCUGGUAUUGGCUACGCGAAAAUCUACAAAGCUUUGCUGCAAGCGACUGGAGAUAAAGUAUUGAUCAUCAUUGGUGGAGAUAAAUAUUAUAAAGAUGAAGAUGAAAAAGAACAGUUUGUUAUCUCACGCUGGGUACGAAGAAAGGUGGCGUCUCAGUUUGAUGAGGAGUAUUUUGAUGGAAGAGAGAGCUUCAUUUUUUCUUGGAAUAAAGAGCACAGAGAAAUUCAUGAAGAGGCGUUAGAGUACUACCUUAAUCCUAAUAAGAGAGGAGAGAAGUUUCGGUAUGAGCCGAAACCAACACCUGCUGCUCCUGAAACCACUGAUAGUUCAAAGGAGGUUAUAAAUAUAGGCGCCUGUGAUUUGUUCGUGGAGAAUGAUGAGCUGGAUCUUGAGAAUGACUCAAUCAAAAAGGAGAGGCAAAAAUGUUAUGGAGCCACCUUAGGCGCAGACGCAGUAUCUGCUUCAGUAGACCACCAGAAGGGAACCUUGCUGGUUGAAACACACAUGCGUUAUGGAAAAAUAUGGCUGCCAUCUGAAGAGACCGUAGAAGUCUUGGAGCGAGAUUGGAAAUCGGUCCGUGAUGCAAAAGUGCAAUUCAUUGUCAGUGAAUUUGGUAGGGUAAAUUGUCACGUUACCAAAGAAAGACGAAGAUUUUGGAAAAGAUUUGAGCCCUCAGAUCGAUCGAAUGUUUUUAAUAACCGGCUCUGGUCUUGCUGGUUAGCCAUUUACAAUUGUGCAAGGGCAUGUUGUUGCGAUUGUUGUUGCAACUGUCGUUGCGAUUGUUGUUGCAAUGCAUGUAACAAAUAGAUAUGUUUCUGUGUGUCUGUGAGCCUGUUCAGUAAUCGAUUAUAAACAACGUCAAGAAUAACAGUGAAUAGAAUAACAACUUGUAAUACCUCCAACUCAAAGAUAAACGACUGUGUAAAAAUGGAUAAUCUUCAGUAACGUUAGUUUAUUUUUAAUCGUAACAAGUUAUAUUUUUAAUUUCAAACUGCUGUGUUUUUGCUGAAUACAUAAAGACGUCGUUAUACAAAGGGAAAAAAGUAAGUUAUAAUGAUAUAAAUGAGGUUUUUUUAAAUGCUCGACGCUUAAAAUAAGGUAAAUAUGACUGUCUAUUAAAACAUGAUAGGGCUGAAGGGUGAAUCAAUGUGUAGUGCAGGUAUAGUAUCUUAAGUGUAGAUAUGAUGUUAUUUUUUAGCCGGUAGGUUUUUUUACUUUUUGACGCUUGUGGUGGAACGAUUUAAACUGUGAACUUUUAAAUAAAGGGGUUUAUGCAUAAUUUGAGAUUUAAACAGGAACUUACGACUUCGGCUUUUUAUUUUUUUUUUUCUUCUCUUAUUGUUAUAAUGAACGAGUGAUCAUGUACAUGUUCCUGCGGCAUUGGGAUCCCUUCAUUCCAACAAUUAUCAUUUAUCAAAUAUUCCAUCCGUUGGCGGAUGGCUUGAUAUUAUGAACUCUACGAGGAUACACUGCUUGAAAAAAGUUUCCGCGGUGACCAACUAGAGGGAUUAAGAAGGCAUAAGAAAUUGAGAUAUGUUCUUAUCAGAGCUCAUUGUCGUCAAGGUAUUAAUCUUUCUUUACGUGGAAAUCAUCCAUGUCGUACUCUUUUCAAAAUAAGCUCUUUACGUUAGAAAACAUGAGUGCAUUACCCAUAAUUUUGAUGCCUCAUGACGUCGAAGCUUUCAAUACAAACCAUUGAAUGAAGCAAUGCAUUCGUAGAAUAGUAAUUUCUGGGAAUAAGUUCAAAAGAAAUUAUUACUUUGAAACAUAUUUUUGGACCUGAACACUUCGCAGACCCUUUCUAGAUUUGACUCUCAGGUCCCAGCCACCAGAAAAUCAUUUCAACAACACUGAAAUACGAGUUAUUGGGUUCUGAAAAAAACCGGAAGUAAAUUUUAAAAAGAGUGAGAGUAUUGCGUGACGAAUUGAAUUUCCGAGAAAGACGAAUGGACUUUACACAAAGCCAAAUGGUCGCCAUACUGCUGUAAACGAAGUCUUUUGGCAGGCUAGCGAAACGCAUUCACCGAAAGCACUCUAAUAGUACUGAAGAAAGAUGGCGAGUCCAGUGAAGGUAGUGAAGUUUCACCUUUUUAACUGUGAUAAAACAUAUAAAUUGGACUCAGUAGAAACCUUGUUGGUCAAAGUGGCAAACAAUCUUAACAUCAAAAUAUUGGUCGAUAAGCGAAAUUUUCGCCUACAUGAAAUGCAAGAUGUGUGUGAAAGGACCAUUCCAAUGCUACAGAUGGAUUAUGCCGUCUUUGUUGUCCACGCAAACGAAUCUCGCCUCUCAAUCAACGAAGACAACGCUGGUAUUGGCUACGCGAAGAUUUACAGAACUUUGCUACAAGCGACUGGAAAUAAAGUAUUGAUCGUCAUCGGUAGCGAUAAAGAAUACCAAGAUGAAAACGAAGAAGACCGCGUUGUUAUCUCUCGCUGGGCACGAAGAAAAGUGGAAACACAGUUUAAGGCAGAGUAUCUCGAUGGAAGAAAGAGCUUCAUUUUUUCUUGGAACAAGGGACACAGAGAGAUCCACGAAAAAGCACUAGAGCAUUACCUCGACCCUUGUAAGAAAGGACUGAAGUUCCAGUAUGUGCCAAAACAAGAGCCAGCGAUAGCAAUCCUAGAGCCCUCGUCGUCUACGAACUUUUUCCCACCAGUCAGCGAUUCUGCGGACGAGGACGAUAUUUAUGAUGACAAAGAACCUCUUCUAGCAACCCAAAAAAGGCAGACAGGUCAAGAAGAAGGAAAAGGAGGGUCCUCAAUUUUGCUCCAGGAAUCCACUUCUGAAGGGCUCAGGCCAGUUCCUAUCGAUUCCCGACCGGAAUUUCUCGAAGGUACCGUACUGCUGGAUACGGUCAUGCGUUUUGGAAGAAUCUCUUAUAAAGACGAGGACGUGAAGGUCUGGGACCACAGAUGGAAGCCGUCUGAAACAAUUGUUCGCCGCAUGUCGAACGAUUGGAUGUUUAGACCUCUUGCGAAAAUUUCAUUUGUCGCUCAAGCUAACGGAGGGGUCUCUUACAGUGUGCUACCCCAGAGUAUUUGUGUUUGGUUGCGUGCUAUCCUAUUGACGUGUAUGAUAACUUUAAAGCCCCCGAUCUAAAGUUUUCCAUCUCUUUCUAACCCGACGCUAAAAUGGAUGGUAUGUUCUUUUUGGUUUUAUAGUUCUUAUGAAAUGUACAUAAGGUCACAUUCGGUCUAACGAGCAUUUUGAGCUUCGGUUUCGAGGAUGGGCAAACUGGUCACCUGCUGAUCGACUGAAAAAGAUUCAUCGCAAUGAAGCUUUAUUUAUUUGGAGGCUUCUAGAAUCUAACCAAUUACAGCCUUACAGAUGUGACAAGCUCUAGUUAGUYGUAGCUGUGAAGGUCAAAUAGUACUAGUAAUAYUAGUAUUUCUCCAGAUUACUUUCUACCUUCGCGGGUGCCUUUCGAGAAGAAUUCUUACAUUUCAUGCUUCCGCACGACAUGGAGGCAUUAAGUUUCUAGACAUGUCUCCUCGUUUGGCUAGGCCUUUAAUUGUUAAUCAAAAUGAUUAAAGCAACAUUUCAGUAAAGAAUUUCCGGUAAAGCCCAAACGACCGAGGGUUGUUAUUUAUUUUGUCUUAUAUUAAGAGUUUGUAGAUUUUAUGGCUACCCUAAGGAGCAAUUAGAUCUGCUCUUCCAAAGCCUAAUUAUUUCAGUCUUCACAUACGCUAUUGAGGUGUGGGGUUGCUGUUAUUAUGAUAAAUAUCUUAAGAGAAUAGACAAACUGUUUGCUAGGGCUUUUAAGUCUGGAUAUUGUUUGAAGAAAUAUAGUAUUUGUGAUAUUUUAGCCACCAGAGAUAGCAAACUAUGGAUCAAGAUCACUUCAAAUAUCACUGCACUUGAUGAUCUUUUACCGCCGAGACGUACUAGGCAAUUACGCAGCAGGGGCCAUGAUUAUAUAUUACCUAGAGUUCGUACUUCACGUUUUAAAUCCACUUUUGUAAAUAGAUGUCUUUUUAACAUUGUCUGCCAUUAAUAGUUAGUUGUAUUUUCUAUCUUAAUCUGUUUUAUAUUUCAUUCUUUGUAAAUAAUGACACGGUUGAUGCAUUAUUGCUUUUAAUAGAUACCAUUAAUCGGGUUUCAUAUGCCACCGCUUGGCAUCAGAUUUUAAUAGUUAUUAUUACUUGUGGCCAGGAAGCUUCCAAGGUUGAAAGAACCGCUACAAAAUGCGAUCCGAGUACACUGUUUCAAAAUAUUAUGACUCCGUCCGUUUUAUUUCUCACUGCACACUAGAAAAUCCAUCAUGUCUACAAACCAUGAUAAUUUGCUCAAAUAAAUGGGAAUUUAGAUCAACAAAGGUUCGCAAGUAAUGUUGUCUCCACAGGAGAUUAUGUCACCUCCCGUUAUGUCAAACUUCCUAUCAGAAUUUCCUGGUAAAUAGAUCGUGUUACAGUCUCGUUUUCACUUGCUCAAGCGAAAGAAGGCUUAAGUCAUUGGAUAAAAUACCCGGGAAAAGAAACAACCAUUGUAAGGCUAGCUUCAAGCUAUGAAAGCGAAUCUACUGAGGGAAAAAGCAAAACCAGUAUUAACAGAAAGGAAAUCUUUUGGGUACUUGUUAAUAGCCUAAGAAACAAGUGAACAGAUGAACUAUCACAUAUUUGAACUGCGAAACUGUACCCCUCUUAAGCAGAAAGCCUGUGACAAAGACAUAUGAUAAAGAAUAAAUCAAUAAACGAAAUCCUUGUCAUGCA